AUGGCAUGCGUAACCGGCAUCAAGACGGAAGGCCACUUUGAGAAGGUCCGUCUGCAGAAGUAUGGCAAUCCAGCCCUGCAUGUGAACCCCGAGCAUGAGAUUGCUCUUGAGGAGACCGAAGUUCCCACGCCACAGCCGCAUGAGGCAUUGAUACAUGUACGAUGUACCGGUAUCUGCGGCAGCGAUAUGCACCUCUGGCAUCAGGGCGGGAUUGGUCCUAUUAAAGUCGACAGACCAUGCGUCCUUGGUCAUGAACCUGCCGGUGUCGUACUGGCCGUAGGCUCGGAGGUCACAAACAUCAAGGCCGGCGACCGCGUGGCCCUCGAACCAGGGGUACCGUGCCGAAAAUGCUGGCUCUGCAAAGCUGGCAAGUACAAUCUCUGCGAGUACGUCGAGUUCGCUGGAGUGUGUCCUGUUGCUGGAACGAUUCGCCGCUUCGUCACCCACGAUGCUGAGUACUGCUACCCCCUGCCCGAUACGAUGACAUUUGCCCAAGGCGCCUUACUGGAGCCUUUCUCGGUUAUCCUACAUGCCGUGAGAUCAUGUAAAGGCUCAAUAGGCGUUGGUCGACCUCUUCUUAUCUGUGGUGCUGGACCCAUCGGACUCUGUGCGCUUUCUGCUGCCAAAGCUUCUGGUGCCUGGCCCAUCGUCAUCACCGAUAUCGAUCAAUCGAAACUCGACUUUGCCAAGAAGUUCGCCCCUGGAGUGCUCACCUACAAGGUCGAACCCAGCAAGUCACCCCAACAAGCCUCCGAGGAGAUUCGCGCACUCUAUGGUGUCGAGCCACGAGAUCUAGACCGCAUGAUCCCAUCACCAUCAGAAUGGAAGGCACCCAGCACCGUCCUCGAAUGCACCGGCAUCGAGUCCAGCGUCGUCACGGCAGCUUAUACUUGCCAGCGCUCGGGUCUGGUAAUGGUCGUUGGAGUUGGCCGAAGCAUCAUGAAUAACCUCCCCUUCAUGCAACUCAGUCUGGGCGAGAUCGACCUGAGAUUCAUCAACCGCUAUUCAGAUACGUGGCCUGCAGGUAUCAAUGCCCUUCAAAACCACCAGGUCUGUGAUCUCGACGCUAUGGUCACGCAUACUUUCCCGCUUGAAAAGGCGAUCGAGGCUAUGCAUACUGCAGCCGACCCGAAGCAGGCGAGUGUCAAGGUACAGAUUGUGGACGACAUCGAGAUUGAGUUGUGA